CUGGACUGGCAUAGUUUAUAGAGCUUUAAAAUCACAAUUUUUGCAUAUUUUAUUCGUGAAUUCUGAGAAAUAUUUAAAAUGGAUUGGCAAAAGUGAAUGAUUUAAGCUUUGACAAGAACAGUGUGGAUUGGCGUGCGACGGAGUUGGCAACUAAAACGACGACGUUUUGGCCAAGGACACGGACAUCGUCGCAACGGCGAUGUCAUCGACCGGACAAAUAGCAAAGACGUCCACGCCACACGACAACGAUAACAAUAGCAUUAACGAUCAGCGUGAAACAUGGAGCGGCAAGGUGGAUUUUUUAUUAUCGGUUAUUGGAUUCGCCGUCGAUUUAGCAAACGUCUGGAGAUUUCCCUAUUUGUGUUACAAAAAUGGCGGUGGCGCUUUUCUUGUGCCCUACUGCAUUAUGUUGGUGGUAGGCGGUAUACCUCUAUUCUAUAUGGAACUGGCCCUGGGACAGCACAAUCGUAAGGGAGCCAUCACGUGUUGGGGUCGUUUGGUGCCGCUCUUUAAGGGCAUAGGUUAUGCUGUAGUGCUGAUUGCAUUUUAUGUGGACUUUUAUUACAAUGUGAUCAUUGCAUGGUCACUGCGUUUCUUUUUUGCCUCCUUCACCAGUGUGUUGCCCUGGACGUCGUGCAACAAUCCCUGGAAUACGCCCAACUGCAGGCCGUUUGAGGGUCAAAACUCGCGUGACGUGGUAGGCAAUCUGAGUGAUUUCUAUGCGUUUAGCAAUCAGAGUUUGUUUCUGACCAACGAAACAUAUGCGAAUGUUACAUUUGCCACCAUUGCACCCGUUGUGCCCGUCGAGAGAUUUCAAUCAGCUGCCUCCGAAUACUUCAAUCGUUAUAUACUUGAGCUGAACCAGAGCGAGGGUCUACAUGAUCUGGGUCACAUUCGUUGGGACAUGGCACUGUGCCUGCUCAUUGUCUAUCUGAUAUGCUACUUCUCGUUGUGGAAGGGUAUUAGCACCUCCGGCAAAGUGGUUUGGUUCACAGCCCUCUUUCCCUAUGCGGUCCUACUGAUUCUGCUGAUACGUGGAAUUACCUUGCCCGGAUCUGCCAUGGGUAUACAGUAUUACUUGAGUCCAAAGUUCGAUGCCAUCUUCAAGGCCGAGGUGUGGGUCGAUGCGGCCACACAGGUGUUCUUCUCCCUGGGUCCAGGAUUCGGUGUGCUUCUCGCCUAUGCAUCGUAUAAUAAAUAUCAUAAUAAUGUCUAUAAAGAUGCGCUGCUUACAAGUUUCAUCAACUCCGCAACGAGUUUUGUGGCCGGUUUUGUGAUAUUCUCCGUUCUGGGUUACAUGGCUCAUACAUCGGGUGUCAGGAUUGAGGAUGUGGCCACUGAGGGACCAGGACUGGUCUUUGUGGUCUAUCCGGCGGCCAUUGCAACCAUGCCGGGCAGCAUCUUCUGGGCAUUGAUCUUCUUCAUGAUGUUGCUUACACUUGGACUGGAUAGUUCAUUUGGUGGCUCGGAGGCGAUUAUCACAGCCUUGAGCGAUGAGUUUCCAAAGAUUCGGAAAAAUCGUGAACUUUUUGUGGCCGCUCUGUUCUCCUUGUACUUUGUUGUUGGCCUCGCCAGCUGCACCCAAGGUGGAUUCUAUUUCUUCCAUCUGCUGGAUCGCUACGCCGCCGGCUACUCCAUCCUGAUAGCAGUAUUCUUUGAGGCGAUUGCCGUCUCCUGGAUUUAUGGAACGAAGCGUUUCAGUGACGAUAUUAGGGAUAUGAUUGGCUUCCCGCCGGGUCUCUAUUGGCAGGUUUGCUGGCGCUUUGUUGCUCCCAUCUUCCUGCUCUUCAUCACGGUUUACGGAUUGCUCGGCUAUGAGCCGCUGACCUAUGCGGACUACGUAUAUCCGGACUGGGCAAAUGCCUUGGGCUGGUGCAUAGCUGGCUCCUCGGUCAUUAUGAUACCGGCGGUGGCCAUUUACAAGCUGAUUGUUACACCCGGCAGCUUUAGACAGCGUCUGCGUAUACUCACGACCCCGUGGCGGGAUCAACAGCUGGCGGUGAACGGGGUUGCCACCGAGGUGACCGUAACCCUGGUACGUCUGGCCGAUGCCGAGGCGAAUGAGGCAGCCGAUGUUUGAGUUCGACCGAUGGCACGCUUUCAGAUCUAUUACGUAUAGAUCUGAAAAUUUACCAACAACUUCAAAUUUCAACUUGAGUGAGGGUUUGAGGGUUCAAAAUUUUGAGAUUUAUCAGUUGUCAGUUUUAGCUUAGCUCUUAGGCAUUCGGCUCUAGGAAACUAAUGCAAAUUUCGCAUACAACGUACUUACUUAGGUUUCGAUGCCAAAAAAAAAAUGUUGUAGCUCAAAACCAUAAGUCUACAGUUAAGACUAGCCAGUAGUUUCAUAAUGCCAAUAAAUACAAGUACAUAAACACAUAUACUAUAUACACUCCAAAUAUACAUAAACAAAUGCAUAUUAUAUACGUAUACAUAAAGUACAUAUGUACACAUGAGUAUGUAUGUUAUAUGAUUAAAACGCUGUGUAGAUAAUACAGAAAUAUUUAAGCAAAAAUUUUGAAAUUGGUUUGAAGGCAACUUUGAACAUAAUUUAUGGGCAUAUGCAACAGGGAAUUUAAGGUAGCUCUCGAGAUCCUUGAUUGAAGGUCUGGAUGAGUAUGUAUAUGUACAUAUAUAGCUUUAUAUUAUAGUGUCAGCAUAGCAGAAGCUUUAACCAGAAUGUGUUAUGUAUAUAAGGCGAUGCAAUCAAAUGCUUCGAUUAAUCCAAUUCAAAUUGAGCUAAUGUUGUUACUAACCCUGCCAUAGAAGUAGAUCCGACUCUGGCAAAGUCUUUUUCACAGCCAUAAAAAGACUUUGCCAAGUUGCACAAAAUAUUUAUUUAAAUUCAUUAAACAAUCAAUUGUUGCUUCAUAAAUUCAAAUGUAUUCUAAUUUUAAGUGUUAUCGUUAAGUAUAUGCAAAUGAUAAAGCAAAGUUGACAGCCAUCAACUUUGCUUUAAUGUUACUAUUAUUGUCAUUAUUAUUAAACAUUAUCAUUGUUUAGGAUGUGACUUUCAAUGCAGUUUCACGCAGCCAUGUGAAAGUGCAAUGUGAUGAACAAAUAUCAUUUUUCAACUGUUUUUAUUCAACUAUUUUCUUAUGUUUAAAUAAAUCACUUCGAUAUUUUUAGUUGGUAUUACAA